UUCAUGAACAAAAAAAAAAGAAAAUUUACCAAUAUUCAUAUUAAAAAAAUUAAUUGGAAAUGAACUUUAAGUGAUUUUAAAAAAAAAAUUGAAUUCUAAUUAUAUUUAAUUAUUAAUAUUUUGUGAUUUAAUAAGUACAUGUGUAUAUAAUGUGGAAAUAAUAGUGGAGAAAAAAAAAUGGUCUCAGUUAUUGAAUUUUUAUGAUUAUUGAAGAAUCAUUUCACGAAUGAAUGAUUCUCGCUCGCUUUUGUUUAUGUUUUGGUUUUAAGUUCAAAAAAAGUUUUUUAGUGAAUAGCAAAAAAAAAAAAAGAAAUAGCUGGCUAGAGCUACGUAAAAAUUUUGUUUGAAUAAAAAAUUAAAAUAUUUAUAAGUGAAUUUUAACAAUAAACAUUUGGAUGGACAUGACAAGCCUUUAACACAAAGCGAAUGUAAUAUCGAAUUAGUUAUAUAAUUUAUUUUAAAAGCUACAAAUAAAAUAUUAAAUUUGUGUGCUUUACAAUUUAUUCAAUAUCACUUUUAAAAGUUUGAAAUCGACAAAAAAGAGAACAAAAGAAUUCAUAACAACAAAAUUGUAAAUUAAUAAAAACACAAAACAAAAUGGCAACUGAAAAUAUCUUUCAUAUACCACCUGGAACUGUUCCAUUAGAUACUCAAGUUGCUGGUCAUACUUGGGGUGAAAAUUCGGUUGGCUUAUUAAAAUUAAAAGAAGAUGCUUCAGUUUUAAAACCAUUAGGUAAACCAGAAUGUGGUGCACGUGAAAUAGCUUUUUAUGAAACAGUUUAUGGAUCAGAUAAUCCGAUAAUAUCAAAAUUAAAAAAUUUUACUGCUGAAUAUAAAGGACAUACAAAAAUAAAUAUAAAUGGGAGAGAGUUGGACUUCGUAAAACUUGCUGAUUUAACACAUAAUAUGAAAGAACCAUGUAUUAUGGAUAUUAAAGUUGGUAAACGUACAUGGGAUCCAUUAGCAACACCAGAAAAAAUUGCUGUUGAAAGAGAAAAAUAUGCAGCAUGUAAAAAUAAUUUAGGUCUAUGUAUACCAGGUUUUCAAAUUCAUUCAAUAACAGAUGGAAAAUUAAAACGUUUUGGUAAAGAAUUUGGUAAAAAAUUAACCCCACAUACAUUUAAAGAGACAUUAAGGCUGUUUUUAAAUUUUGAUGCGGGUAUUUGUCAACCAUUAGUUGAUGAUAUAUACAAGCAAUUAAAAUCAAUUCUAAAAUGGUCAAGCACUCAAACAUCUCUAAAAUUAUAUUCAAGUUCUAUUUUACUAGUUUAUGAUUCCAAAAGACUGAAGCAAUACCUGGAAAAAGGUUUUGCUAACAAUUUCAGGACAAAUAAUAGUAUCCCAAAUGAAGAUAUACUACCGUCCCAUAUUAACAAUAAAAUUAAGCACGAAUUCAUUAGUAGUAAUAAUGGUUUUGUUGAAAAGAAUGAAAAUGAAAAUAAUCCCAAUGAACAAGAAUCUUAUAAAAAUGGUUUAAAAGCACAAAAUAAAAUUGAAAUGAUAACUAGUAAAAGAAUAACAAAUGGUUAUCAUUUAUAUUUUGAUGAUAAUGAAGAUGAUAAUGAUAAUAGUGAUGAUAGUGAUAGUGAUAAUCAUGAUCAUAAUCCAAAAAGGGAUUGUUUAUUAAUAGAAAAUGAUGAAAUUAAUAAUAAAUCUUGGUCACAUGUUAAAAUGAUAGAUUUCGCACAUGCAUUUUUUAAUAACACCGAUGAUUUAACGCUUGAUACCAAUUAUUUAUUUGGUGUUGAAAAUCUUGUUCAAAUUUUUGAUGAAUUUUCCAAAGAAGCCAAUAACAUUUAAUUUUUAAGCCGAAUUUAUUGAAUUAUUUUAGAUUUCUAUGUUGUAUAUCAUUCAAUAUUGUUCAA